AUGCCUCCCUUUGUUCACAAUUCUCUGGGACCAGAAAUGACUGAGGGUGUUGGGAUACCCAAGUUAGAAGCCAAGCUUCACGAGCUUUUUGGCAAGUACAUCCGCGUCACGCUUAGCGGCGACUUUUAUGUUUUUGAUGCCCCCAGACAAGUCACGCGGUCCAGCCCCGAGAAUCCCAAGACCCAUGUCUUCCACGCCGAUGACAACAACAGCAACCACCCCAUGCUGUUCAUCCACAGCUAUUCAUUGGAGCGGUAUAUCACUACAUCCUCAAAGCCGCGCCUGCGCAUAGUGCACACUAGCCUUUCUGCGCCCGUGCAGCAAGAGCUGUUCACCUUUAUCGACUCGGCCUUUUUCAAUCUUGCCCUUGCAUUCGGAGGAAAGCCGAUGCAGGCCGCGGGGUCAUGCGAAUUCGGCCACGACUCGAUAGAUGCAUUGCUCGUGCAUAUGCUACCCCUGUACGACGAUGAUGACGAGGAGAUCCAGCGUCGCUCUGUACUUGAUCCCCAGAACGUCGGAGAUAAAGUCUCCUCCUUGGCUGUACGGCUCACGGUCACGUUGCAGACGGUGCAGCAGCUCAGCCACGUGUACCGGUUGUUGCAUCAUCCCGAGCCAAGUGUUCCGCCAGUGUUAGACUGUUACACCUUUGCCGAUGAGCUUUCCAGUUACGAGGCCGAUCUGACCGCUAGCCUCCACGGCGCGCGAAUUUUGGAGAAUGAGCUGCAAGGAAUUGCAAAUUCGCUCUCCGUCGCCGUGAACUUCAAGGUGAACAGACAGAUGCUCAAGCUGGGCACCGAGUCAUUCGACGAUAGCUCAACAGUGAAGUCCAUGACGCUAGUCGCGCUGAUCUAUCUCCCUGCGAGCUUUGUGUCUUCAAUUCUCGGGAUGAACCUUUUCGACUUCGAUGGCGGAGGCCAGGGCGGCUUUACCAUCUCCAAGCAGUUCUGGAUCUUUGUCGUCCUGGCGGUGCCCCUGACUCUCCUCACACUAGCCUCCUGGUAUGUGAUUGCCCGGCGGACUCGCAAAGCCCGCGAACGGAAGACGGAAGAAGAGGGGUAA